CGGGGAGCCGGGCUCGCUCGCGCUGCUUUCCCCGGAGAGUUUCCGAGCGGGGGUGGCCGGGGCGCCUCUGCCCUCGGCGCUGCCGGCGUUUUGCCUGCUCGGGGCCGCUGCCGAGCGCUCCGCCGAGGGAGGCGGCGCGAAGAACGAGGGAAGCGGCCACGCGAAUCAGUUUCUCUCCGUAUCCGGCUCCGGGCAGAGGCGGCGACCGGAGCGGGGAGGAGGGGAGAGGGGGAAAAGCGGCUCCGCGGCGGCAGCGGGGGGACCCCCGUCACUUCGCAGCCGAGGUGCUGAAGGGCUGACGGACCGAGCGCUGGUGCUCGCAGAGACGACACCGAGGCGUCCGCCCCCCACCAGCCUCCCGGAGAGACGCGAUCUCGGUGCCAAAUGCGCGGUGGAGAGAGACUUUUGCUGGUUCCCCCCCGCUCGUAAAUACCCAGAAAGCGGAAGGAGCGGCACCGCCGAGCAGCGGCUGCGGCAGAGGGGAGGGGGACCGCGGCGCUGCGCUGCUGCAGCCCGGCGGCUGAUGGCGGAGUUCGGCGGCGGCGGCGGCGGCGGGGGGCUGCCCGGCUCCCCGGGGCCGCUGCAGGGCAAGGUGGCCUUCAGGGCGGGCGACGGAGACGGCGGAGGCGGCGGUGGGAGAGUCCGCUUUGACAGCGCCGGCGGCCGCGUCUCCAACGGGGACUGCGCGCUGGCGGGGGCCGGUGAGGAGCCGGGAUCCGCGCCCCCCGGAAGCCCCGAGAACAGCGGCAAGGAGAAAGGGUUUCCCGGCGGGCAGCAGCGGGAGGGCAAGCCCGGCAUCCCCCGGAGGAGCAGCAUCAUUAAGGAUGGUACGAAACAAAAACGAGAACGGAAAAAGACUGUGUCAUUCAGCAGUAUGCCAACUGAGAAAAAGAUCAGCAGUGCAAGUGACUGUAUAAAUGCAAUGGUUGAAGGCUCUGAGCUCAAAAAGAUUCGAUCCAAUUCCAGAGUGUAUCACCGAUAUUUUCUUUUAGAUGCAGAUAUGCAAUCCCUACGCUGGGAACCUUCAAAAAAGGAUUCUGAAAAAGCGAAGAUUGACAUCAAGUCAAUCAAAGAAGUAAGAACAGGAAAAAAUACAGAUAUUUUUCGCAGCAAUGGAAUAUAUGACCAGAUAUCAGAAGACUGCGCAUUUUCAAUCAUAUAUGGAGAAAACUAUGAGUCACUAGAUCUUGUUGCUAACUCAGCAGAUAUUGCAAAUGUUUGGGUUACUGGCUUAAGAUACCUGAUUUCUUAUGGAAAACAUACUCUAGACAUGAUAGAAAGUACUCAAGAUAAUAUGCGGACUUCAUGGCUUUCACAAAUGUUCAGUGAAUCGGAUGUAGAUAAUUUAGGACAUAUACCCCUGUGUAAUGCUGUACAGUUUAUAAAAGACUUAAAUCCUGGUUUAAAAACAAAUAAAAUUGAAUUAAAAUUCAAGGAGUUACAUAGAUCCAAGGAAAAAACUGGUACUGAAGUAACAAAAGAAGAGUUUAUUGAAGUUUUUCAUGAGCUUUGUACUCGACCUGAAAUCUAUUUCCUGUUGGUUCAGUUUUCAAGCAAUAAAGAAUUCCUAGAUACCAAGGACCUUAUGAUGUUUUUAGAAGCAGAACAGGGUAUGGCACAUGUCACAGAAGAAAUAAGCCUUGAAAUUAUUCAGAAAUAUGAGCCAGCCAAAGAGGGCCAGGAAAAAGGUUGGCUUUCUAUAGAUGGGUUUACGAAUUACCUUACUUCACCAGACUGCCACAUAUUUGACCCAGAACAUAAAAAAGUUUGUCAAGAUAUGAAACAGCCAUUAUCUCAUUAUUUUAUAAAUUCAUCUCAUAAUACAUACUUGAUAGAGGAUCAGUUUCGAGGGCCUUCUGACAUCACAGGUUAUAUUCGUGCUCUUAAAAUGGGUUGUCGAAGUGUUGAACUGGAUGUUUGGGACGGUCCAGAUAAUGAGCCUGUGAUUUACACGGGACAUACAAUGACUUCUCAGAUUGUCUUCCGUAGUGUGAUUGACAUUAUUAACAAGUAUGCAUUUUUUGCUUCAGAGUAUCCUCUUAUUUUAUGUUUGGAAAAUCAUUGUUCUAUUAAACAGCAGAAAGUGAUGGUACAACACACGAAGAAAAUUUUGGGGGACAAACUAUAUACGCAGUCUCCAAACAUUGAAGACUCUUAUCUUCCAUCACCGGAAUCACUUAAAGGAAAAAUACUAAUUAAAGCAAAAAAGCUUUCCUCAAAUUGUUCUGGACUAGAAGGAGAUGUUACAGAUGAAGAUGAAGGGGCAGAAAUGUCACAGAGAGUGGGGAAAGAGGGUGUAGAACAACAAAACUCUUUGACUGGGAAACGAUUUCAGCUUUGCAAAGAGCUCUCUGAGUUGGUAAGCAUAUGUAAAUCAGUUCAGUUCAAAGAGUUUCAAGUUUCAUUUCAGCUCCAGAAGUACUGGGAAGUGUGCUCAUUUAAUGAAGUGCUUGCUAGCAAAUAUGCCAAUGAAAACCCGGGAGACUUUGUAAAUUAUAACAAACGUUUUCUUGCCAGAGUUUUUCCCAGCCCUAUGAGGAUUGACUCUAGUAAUAUGAAUCCCCAGGAUUUUUGGAAAUGUGGUUGUCAGAUAGUAGCCAUGAACUUUCAGACACCUGGAUUAAUGAUGGAUCUUAACAUUGGUUGGUUUCGACAAAAUGGGAACUGUGGCUACGUCCUUCGUCCUGCUAUCAUGAGAGAAGAAGUAUCUUUCUUUAGUGCAAACACAAAAGACACUGUGCCUGGAGUUUCACCUCAGCUGCUUCAUAUUAAAAUCAUUAGUGGGCAAAACUUUCCUAAACCCAAAGGAUCAGGUGCCAAAGGUGAUGUUGUGGAUCCGUAUGUCUAUGUUGAAAUACAUGGAAUCCCCGCUGACUGUGCCGAGCAAAGGACAAAGACUAUGCAUCAGAAUGGUGAUAAUCCAAUUUUUGAUGAGAGUUUUGAAUUUCAAAUAAAUUUACCAGAACUAGCAAUGGUGCGUUUUGUAGUGCUGGAUGAUGAUUACAUUGGGGAUGAGUUUAUCGGGCAGUACACUAUUCCCUUUGAGUGUCUACAGACUGGUUAUCGUCAUGUUCCUCUGCAGUCUUUAACUGGUGAAAUGUUAGCACAUGCUUCCUUGUUUGUGCAUGUGGCCAUUACUAAUCGAAGGGGUGGUGGGAAACCUCAUAAGCGGGGCCUCUCUGUGAGGAAGGGCAAGAAAUCACGGGAGUAUGCUUCUGUGAGAACACUGUGGAUUAAAACAAUAGAUGAAGUGUUCAAGAAUGCUCUCCAACCUAUACGGGAUGCCACGGAUUUGAGAGAAAAUAUGCAGAAUGCAGUAGUCUCAUUCAAAGAAUUAUGUGGCCUCUCUCCUGUAGCAAAUCUUAUGCAGUGCAUUUUGGCAGUGUCUACACGCUUGGCUGGGCCUGAUAGUGCACCCUUGGUAGUACUGAAUCUCAAUGAUCAGUAUCCGACUAUGGAGCUCCAAGGGAUAGUUCCAGAGGUCUUGAAAAAGAUUGUAACAGCAUAUGACAUGAUGAUUCAGACCAUCCGGACUCUAGUUGAAAAUGCAGAUAGCUUAUAUGAAAGGAUAGUACAAUGUCAGAAAGCGGCAAUGGAGUUUCAUGAAAACCUGCACAAUAUAGGAGCAAGAGAAGGCUUAAAAGAAAGAAAACUGCAAAAAUCAAUAGAAAGCUUUACAUGGAAUAUUACAAUUUUAAAGGGACAAGCUGAUCUUCUCAAAUAUGCUAAAAAUGAAGCACUGGAGAAUCUGAAACAAAUCCAUUAUGCCACUCUUUCAUGUGGACUCAAUAAGCCAGGCACUGAAAACGCCGAAAUCUCGAAGCCCCGUCGAAGCCUGGAGGUCAUACCUGAAAAAGCAGGUGAUGAAAAUGGAGAAUGAGAGAACUCUCAUCUUAUAAUUAUGGAGUUUAUAACUCUGUGACCAAUUGUAGCUGCAUAGGACAUUUGCUUUGCACUUACUGUUGAAAAAUAUUUGGAAUCUUCAAAGCACAACUGGAGAAGCUAAUUACAAUCUAUUGAAACUGUGAAUGUAUGUAGCAACUCUGCUUGUGAAGGCAAUGAUAUUGUGCAACAUGGAAAUUACAUUAUUGGCCAAAAUGUAGUAUGUAUGUAAAAGAUACUGUAAUUCAGUCAUAGCGUGCUGAAAAGUUUAUUAUAGUGCCAUAGGGAAGUGACUGUUUUUAAAAUGAGCUAUGAUUAGAAAACAGAUAACAGAAUGUGACAAGUUGCCUUGAUUUUCAAAAAGACAGAUGUGUGGGUUCUCUGUUUCUUUGCACAGUUCCAUAACUGUGCUAGCAAGGUGAAUUAUUGUGCGCCUAACUUUUGAAAAUCAGGUCCAAAAAAGUGGGAUCCACGUGUUCCACAGUACACGUAAUUCAGCCGCUCAGAUAUUUGGAUUUGAAGUGUUAUUGAUUUUAUUGUUGAGCCAUAAAUUAAAACGAGAAUGUAAUUAGACAGUGAUCACUGACUUCAGUGCACUAUAGGAGAGCCAUUAUGUAAAAGGAAAAUGUGCAAUCAAUCUGAUAGCUUAUGUCAGAAAAAAGAUUCAUACCUAUUUUGCCUAAGAUCUUCUGCAAAUGUGUGUAGAUAAUGUGACCAAACUGCAAGCAAAACGUUGUAAAUAGUUUUUCAUUUUGUGAAGUGAAGUGCUCAUCUUAAAAAGUUUUAUGAGAUUGCUCCUAGACAAGUAAAGCUUUUAACUAAAUUUUAACUUUUUUAUUUUUCAAGUAUUUUCUUCCUUGCGGAAUACGCGAUAUCUCAAUAAGCAGAUUUGUCAAAAAAAAAAAAAAAAAGCUGUUCUGGUUCUGUUUGUUUGGUUUUAUGACGACAUUAGGUAAAGGUAUUGUAGCUGAUAUGCUCAUUGUAAAAUGACUAUACCAACCUAGAGUGUUCUCUUCCUGUUUCUGAUUUAACAAUAAAAUGGACUAUAUAAUUACAGAAGCUAAUAAAUUUGAAGAAAAACAAGCAAAAUCCUACAGAGAUCAAAAUGAAGUUUCUGUUCAGUCGUGGGAAAAAGUGGAAGACAGCAAUGUCUGCUGAAAAUCACUGUUUUAAUUAGAGCUCUUCAAGACAUGCAUUCUACACAGAUUUAUCCAUUUAUUUAACCAAUUUGAGAUUCUAUUUUUACAUUUAGGUUAUAAUGUAUAUUUGUAUAUGGAUAACAUCUUGUAAAAGUCAGUAGGGCUCUGACAAAGAACAUCAGUAUACCCGCACUCAGUCUGAAUUGUUAGGGACUUAGAUUUAUUUUCUAGUCAUUAUAAAGUUAAAGGAAAAGAAAGAUGAAAACAGUUUGCACAGUAAAUGUCACGUCUUAGCUUGCAUUUUUAAAUGUCAAACUGAAUGGGCUGGGAGCAGUUUUAGAAGGUGCUGAGCUCUCUUAGUGUCCAGUGACAGAUCAUAUGCCUCAAUAUGAUGAUCCUGCCAGGAAUGAGUUCUGCUCUGACUUAGAAAAUGAAGUGUUUAACCCGUGCUGAGCACCUGCAAGCACUGCUUUGUGAGCAGUCCUUCUCUAUGCUGUCAGCUGCAAGCAUUCCGUUGGCACAUCCACUUGAUGGGAAGCAACAUGACAUUGGCUGUUACCGACUGUACCCCGAGCCAGCAUAAAAUCAGUCUUCCAGGGUCAAAUCUAUUCCCGACUUAUCUACACAAUAACUAUGUUACAUCAAGAUUUAGCUGGGCUGUAAAUUGACAAGGUCAGUUUCACUUUAUCAGAAAAUCCAAUACCCAGGCUGCUGGAAUUUUACCACCAACUUUACUCCCAGUUGAAAGGUGUUGACUUUGAAAAAACGUCAGUAAGUUGGUCUUGUACUUCAGAUAGGCCUAAAGGCCACUGAAGCUCCAUUAGCAGUCCUGGCCCAUCACUUUUUUAGUGGCAAUCACAGAGCUAUAUAAUUGAUAUCACAAAUGAAACAUUCCUGUACAACCUCUUUCUUCAUCUGGGUGAUCAGGAUUAAUGGCUCAGGUAUUCUUACUGUUGAUAAAUCGCUGCUUAGCACAUCACAUCUUUGAGAGAUGUCGGGUAACAUUGAAAGGAUUAAACACAGUGUUUUUUCUUCACUUUAAGGCAAAAAAAAAAAAAAAAAAAAGUGCAAGAUGAGUGCCACAUGAGUUAAGGCUGACAGGUUUUGUAUGUUGAACUCUGCUGUAUACAUAACUCCUCUGAUCCUGCUGUAUCUCACUAAAAAUGAAGAUAAUUGUUUUGUGAGUAAUAUCCAUAUAUACCAUCUGCUUAAACAGAACAAAGCAACGAAAGCAACCUAACAGCUAAAAUAGAUGCAGUUAUCCAAAUGACCAUUUAAAUACUUUUGGAUUCUAGUGUAACACUGAGACCUUAAAAUGGAAGUUGCUUUUGUGCAUUAUUUAUACUCAGUCCAAAUCUGUAUGUAACAUAAGGCCUUUAAAUGAACUCAGUUAGACAGAUGCUUUGAAAGUUGAUGAGUAGCUAAAAAUUCUUCAGGCAGUUUGCAUGUUACAUGUUAAAAGAAUGCAACAUAAACACCUGCAAGCAAAGUAUCAGGUUCUACUGUUAACCCAGUUUUAACCAAAUUUAUUAGCAUAUUUUUCUCAGUUGUACUUUCUUAAAGUAUUCUUUGCAUCCACGAUGCAAUUACUUUUAUUAUUAGUCCUUUUUGACAGUGUUUAUUUUAGGUUAUGUGUUAUGGUUAUGUACAAACACCCAAAGUAUGGUGAAGUGCUCUUAGCAAAUUAAGCCAUUAGUUAACAUUACGCUUUUCUUUGCCUUUAUUUUCUUAAAUGUGCUGUAAAGUAUUUGAACUGUUUAUAUAGCUUUGAACUUUGGAAGACGGAGCCAAAACACGAGUGGCUGUUUAUCUGACUGCAUUUUUGGCUUUUGUUUGGCUCCAGCAACUGAAUAAGGAUAUGAAUAGAUAAAUAUGUCAACAUAUUGCUUAAUUUAAAAGAAAAUACUAAUUGGGAAAGAAAACAUUCACAUAGGGAUUAUUCGCCAUGUACACAGUAACAGCAAGUUCAUUCUUGAACACAGUCCAAGUCCAGUCUGUAGCAGCCACUGGAGAUGGAAGUGCAAAGCCCAGGAUCAUGCCCUCCAUCCCCUGCACUAACCACUUGCACAUGGCAACUCAGUCCUCCAAGAAUUCCUCCCACAGCACUUUCUGAGGGAUGUUCUGGGCCUAUCGAUGUUAUCAAAGCAUUCAAAACAGCUCAGGGAAAAGUUCUGGAGAUGCUAUGGCCCUUCUCUCAUGCUGGUCUUCCUUCUCAAGUCAACAGGGUCGGGACUUAAGCACAGUAUUGCAAAAUGUCAUGUCCAUCUUGGACCGUUUGUUUCUUUAUAUUCUCAUGUUUCUGCAGCAAGGAGCUCCAGGUGGGUGCCCCAUUUCAUGGGCUCGCUGGUGUAGGCAUAGUGGAAGAUGCUGUAUGAGUCAGGCCAGUUUUCAGCUGCUUUGUACAGC